UGCGCCCUUUUUUUCUCCCCAUUGGACUCGGGCCUUUCUUAAGCUCUUUCCUUUCUCACCCCUCCCAACCGAACGUAGACAAGAAAUCUUAUGAUAACCUUUUCCCCUCUAAUCUUUUAACAUUUUCUCUUCUUUUCUCACUUCUUAAGAUCUGUAUACUUGUUCUUCUAUGUGGCGUGAUCAGCCCUAGAGCUGCAGUUGCUUCUCUAUUUUUAUUCCUUCGUUUCCUUCUCUACCGAACGUAGAAUGAGAUGACAUUCCUGACAAAAAUCAAAACUUCAAAAUAAUAGGAAGGAAAGACAAGGAUGGCGACCAUGAAGCUGGGCUCCAAGGCUGAAAUCUUCCGUCUGGAAGGACAAACGUGGAAAUGUACAAAUGAGCUUGUAAGUGAUGUUGUCGUCGAAGUAGGAGAAAUGUCCUUUCAUCUCCACAAGUUCCCAUUGAUUAAUAGGAGUGGGCUACUGCAAAAAAUGAUUAGUGAAUUUCAUGGUGAGGAUGGAAAAGCCUGUGUUCUGCAGCUUCAUGACAUUCCUGGUGGUGCCAAGGCUUUUGAGCUUGUAGCAAAAUUUUGCUAUGAUGUAAAGAUAGAGCUGCAUGCUCUCAAUGUGGUCUGUCUGCGCUGCGCUGCUGAGUACCUACUCAUGACCGAAGAUUAUGUAGGUGGAAAUCUUAUUCUACAGACAGAGCACUUCCUUGAUGAAGUCUUUAAUGGUUGGAAAGAUACAAUCAAAGCUCUGGAAUCAUGCGAGAGUGUUCUUUCCCAUGCAGAAGAGCUUCACAUCGUCUCAAGAUGCCUCAACUCACUGGCAUCUAAAGCUUGUGCUGAUCCAAAUCAUUUUGGUUGGUCUGUGGUUGGAUGCACUUCCAUGAAGAGCCCAGGAAGCAGUUCUUUGUGGAAUGGAAUAGUUGCUGAAGAGACCCCAAGAUCCACUGGUACCAAUUGGUGGUAUGAGGAUGCUUCUUUCCUGAGUCUUCCGCUAUUCAAGAGGCUUAUCUUGGCUGUGGAAGCUAAAGGCAUGAAACCAGAUAAUGUUGCCAGAGCGCUCAUGUUUUAUGCAAGGAGGUUCCUUCCAUGCCUGAGAAGGAACUCAAGCUUCCGUGAUGGCACAACCCGUAUAACUCCAGUUGCAUCAGUUUCAUCACCAUCAGAAAGCGAUCAGAGGGUCUUCCUUGAAGAGAUCAUUGGAUUGCUGCCCAUGAAAAAGGGUGUUACUUCAACAAAGUUUCUGCUCAGCAUGCUUCGUACUGCAAUGAUCUUACAUGCAAGUCCUUUGUGCAGGGAAAAUCUGGAGAAAAGAAUAGGAGCCCAGUUGGAUGAAGCUGCAUUGGAAGACCUUUUAAUACCAAAUGUGGGCUACUCAGUUGAAACUAUCUAUGACAUUGAUUGUGUCCAGCGAAUCCUUGAUCACUUCAUGUUGAUGGACCAAUCAAUGCUUGCAACUUCUCCUAGCAUUUUGAAUGAGGGACAAUUGAUGGCCUCAUCCCCUUCAUUGACACCAAUGACCAUUGUAGCAAAACUUGUUGAUGGUUAUCUUGCCGAAGUUGCACCAGAUGUUAAUUUGAAGCUGCCCAAGUUCCAGUCACUGGCAGCUGCCAUUCCUGAUUAUGCCAGACCUUUAGAUGAUGGGAUAUAUCGUGCUAUUGAUACAUAUCUUAAGUCCCACCCAGGGCUCACAGAGUCCGAACGCGAGCAGCUCUGCCAGCUCAUGAACUGCCAGAAGCUCUCCUUGGAGGCCUGCACCCAUGCAGCCCAGAAUGAAAGACUACCCCUUCGGGUGGUCGUUCAAGUUCUCUUCUUCGAGCAGCUUCGUCUACGAACCUCGGUUGCCGGCUGGUUCUUCGUCUCCGACAACAUGGAGAACUCCCACGCCCCUCAUGGGAAUACCAUGCUCCCAGAGAACAAUGAUGGAACAAUGCAGGCCGAAAUCAUGCAGGACCAAAAGGAGAAUGACCAUAAAGUGGGUGUUGAGGAUAUGAGGCUGCGAGUUUCAGAGCUUGAGAAGGAGUGUCUAAGCAUGAAGCAGGAAAUUGAGAAGCUUGGGAAGCCAAAAAGUGGAUGGAACAUUUUCUCCAAGAAGUUUGGAUUUGGAUUGAAGUCACAACCCACAUUGCAUGCCAAAUAAGUCCCUAUGAUUACAGCUGGUCAUAGAGAUAAAAAAUUGAUGUGUUCUCUUUCUAGGGACUUCUUAUAUAUCUUUGUUGAUUUUACUCUAGCUAGAUAGCUAGCGAUUGUCGAUAACGUUCAUUGUAACUAAGGCUAGGAAGACAGGUUGUAAUUUAUUGUGUUGUUGAUCAAGUUUUGUGGUCUGGAUUUUAAUAAGAUGUUAGAGAGGAUCAUGGCAUCCCAAUGCGUUUAGAUUCUAUUGUUA